AUGAGCACCUCUUCUUCUGGACUCGAUGUUGAACAACUCGACCCGCGUGCUGCUGCGUCGGUUGUCACGCCGAUUACAGAGCAAUUUCCCCCUCUGACACGUUCUGGACGUGGUCUUGUCGCCGCUGCGUCGGUGAUGAUAGUCCUAACGACGACGUGGACUGUGAUGCGCAUCGUUUCUCGCAACCUCAGAAAGACUCAGUAUCAAGUCGAGGAUUACCUCUACUUCGUUGGCCAGCUCUUUUACUAUGGGCUUGCUAUCACUUUCAUUCUCGCGGCCACGGUGGGUGGCGCAGGAAACGACAUGGACCGUCUCAGCGACAGACAUCUCAGCCAUUACACGCGCAUCGGUCUGGCAACUCAAGUCUUGUAUGCCGUCUGUCUAGCCUUCAUCAAGAUUGCCAUUGUUUGCAUGAUCAGACGAAUCUUCCACUCCGCCGGCCGAUUGUUCCUCCUAGCUGGCUGGGUUGUAUUGGGACUCUGCGUUUGUUGGUCACUAUAUACUAUUCUGAUCGCCUUUUUCAUCUGUCUACCAGUGGAAAGUGCUUGGGGUGCUGCUGUAGCAACGCGGUGUGGUGAUCAAAUCACAGCGUAUGCGAUGGUAGCUAUCCUGGAUAUCAUCACUGAGGUCUCGAUGGUUGCUCUGCCCAUGAAGCUGGUGUACGAUUUGCAAAUGAAUCGGGCUCAUAAAGUUGCACUGUUUGGUGUCUUUGGAGCUGGUAUGGUUACCAUUGUCUUCUCGUGCGUCCGCUUGUACUACGUAUACAACAUUGAUUUUACAAACAUCACCAAGAGUUACGCCGAGGCUUCCAUCAGCAGUGUCUUGCAAGCAGGAAUCGCUGUCAUGGUCGCAUCGAGCCCUAUGCUACGCCCUGUCUUUGACCGCACAGCCCUCCGCUGGCUUGGAAUCAGCGUGCGAAGCUCUCAGAAAGACACCAGUGGCAAGGGCCCCAGCGCUCGCACAACCACUGCAACAGGCAGGGUGGGUGUCAGUGGUUCGCAUGCUCGCACCGCAGGGUUUAAUAAGAUGUCAGAGAGUGAGGAGCACCUGGCAUGGGAGAUGCGCAGCAUGAAGGUCAAAUUUUGA